CAUACAUAGUACAUACAUUCGCUACGUUUUCGGUUUGGUUUGGUUCGCAGUUAUGUUUGACAAGGCAUUUACUGCGUCCUGUUUUUAAACUAAAAUGUCCUGGUUUUUUCAACUUCAAAUCCUAGCUUUUUAAAUUUGGGGUUGGCAACCCUAACGUGUGCAGGUUAUAUUCUACCUUCAUUACAAAAGUAACUACAAAAAUUUUCUCUUAUAGCUUUGGCUUCACAGUUUGGGUUACGAUUGUGUGUUCUUUGCAGGUCUUCUAAUCUAUUUAUAUUAUUUCCAUUUUCACCAUUUUCAUUUGAAAAACUGUAAGAGUUUGCAUUUUUCCUUAAAUAAUUAUGUAAGUAGCAACAUGUUGCUACUAUCAAUGAAGCAGUAUCGGGUUCAAAAGGUAAAUCUUUUUGAAAAAUACCAGACUUUGAAUUCAGUAUUCCGAAAGCACAUUCAACUACUGAACGUGCUCGUGAAAGACGGUAAUUAAAGAUGUGUCUAUUUUCGUUCAAUACAUUUUGAGCGUAGGGCUUCAUUAAAUUGGGACCCAAUGCAAAUGCUUCGUCAGAUAUAAAAACAUAUGGAAAUGUCUGUCUUGUAUUUGGUAGUGCCGAUGGUUCUGGUAAUUUGAGAGUGUUCUGUUGAUACAUCUCCCAAAAUUUGGUAUAGAAUAAAACACCACCAUCAGAUACCCGACCAUUAGUUCCUACAUCAAUCAUUAUAAAUUCUUUUUUUGCACUUACAAGUGCCAUAAGUACUAUGCUAUAAAACCCUUUAUAAUUAUAAUACAUAGAUCCUGAUGCAGCUGGUUUCUUUAUGCCAACAUGUUUCCCGUCUAAUGCACCAAAACAAUUCCAAAAUUGGUGUAUUGUUCCAAAAUCAUUUGAAAUUAUUUUCCAUUCUUCAGCUUGUGUCGGCAUCUAAAACAUAAAGCAACAAUUAUAAACAAUUCCAAAUAGCAAACUUGAGAACUAGUUGGGUAAACAAUGUACUUUAAUUAUAUUUCAGGAUGAAAAUUCUGGAGAAAUUUCUGCGAGACACGAAAGCGGUCAAGAAACUAUAACAGAAAAUCCAUCACCGGGAAAAUUUUCUUCAAUCGCAGAAAUUGUUCAUCCGCCUAAACACAAGCAAAAACCAAAGACAUUGCUGACUAAGCAAAAUGAGCUGCUAGAUCGAGCAAACAUAUUUUUGUCACAAAAAACGUCUCUGGAAUCAACUACCACGACUAAUUCCCUAGCAUUGGUGUGGGCAGAAAAGCUCGAUAAAUUACAACCUCAACAACGAUUCUUUGCAGAGAAAGCAAUUCAUGAUACUUUAUUUGAGGCGGGGUUGGGAAACCUUCACCGAUUUUCUGUGAAAAUCAACGAACCUACUCAUAGGAAUGCGAUGUCACCAUAUUCAUACAACGCCUCUCCUUUGCAUUUACAUAACUCUCCAAUACCACACUACUCUUCGCCGGAAAACCCACCUUCUCCCUCAGACUUGCACUACUCUUCAGUUACUUCUCCUACACACUCUUCAUUGCAGUCCUCGACAGUAGAUGUUCCACACACAUCCACAUUUGAACAGUCACAAGUAUUUGCUGAAGCUACUGUCUCACGCACACAUCAUUCGUCGUCGACUACUUCUACUCCAACACAUUCUUUGACCAUUGUGCCUCAACCAAUGUCCUCUCAGUUAAAACUUGGAAUAAAUUCACAUCCCGGUGCUUCUACUUACCGAAAAGGUUUUGCAUCACAAAUAAUAAUACACCAAAAUACGGAUGUCCCUACUUUACAUAUUCCAGAUACCCAAUCAAAUAUUGAAGAUUAUACAGUGGGGUCAUUGUUUGCAAGAUAUAAUCCGAAUGAUUAAAUAAUUGCAACCUACUUUAAAAUAAUUAAGUUGAUUUUCUAGUUAUUAUUAUUGUAAUUCGCUGUUUAUUAUAUUAUUUACCUUAUAUUUCAAUGUCUUGAAUUUGUACUUAUGCUAAAUAAACUUAC